GUUUGUCACGCGUUCCUUUCUAGAAGCCUUGGACAAAUAUGGCUGGUGGUAUAGCGGCUAUUUGGGUCGCACUUUUUGUGUUUUUAGCGGGAUUUCAUAUCACUUCAUCCCGUUCAUUCGUUGUAGACUGGAAGAACGACGUUUUCCUUAAGGAUGGAGAGCCAUUUCGCUACAUUUCUGGUAGUUUUCACUACUUUCGUGUACCGAGGUUUUAUUGGCAAGACAGGCUAUUGAAAAUGAAAGCUGCAGGUCUUAAUGCAGUGCAAACGUAAGUAGAAAUCAUGCGUCUUUCCACCAUGAUUUAAAGUUUUGUUGUAUAACAAGCUUACAAUUUUACUGCCCUUAAGAAACGUUACCUGCAAGAGAACGAGACUCAAUUCCGAAAGGAAAGACAGUAGUUUUCAGCAGAUCAAAUUAUUUCGUGCACUGAGCUAGUAUGCUUACAACGUCAACAGUUAAUCCUAUAGAUGUCACGGUGGAAGUAUCUAUAAUUUCGGCUCUCUAAAAAAAGCCAUGGGAAGUUUAGUUUGGCCGACAUAAUUUUGUCUAUUUCAAUCUUUUUAAAAUCAUUUUCACGGGUUCAGACAAAAUUACCUGCACGGAUUCGCCUUCUCCCUGGGGAAUCGGGCAAGUUUUUGAACGGCAAAAAGCGCAGAAUUUGCACGGUACUAAAUUUGCACACGAAUUGCAGGUAAAAUGUUCGUCCGUUCAAAACUUUUUCCGGACCCCUAGCUGUAAGCGGGGUUUUAUUUUCAUUUGGUUGUUAAUUCGACUAAUUGAUUUCAGAAAUUCAAGUCCUUUGCGGGUAGUAUGACCUUGUUUGGAUAACAGUUCAUCGUAUGAUCCUAUUAAUAAACAAUUAUGCGUAAACAAAACUGUAGAAAUAUUAUGUAGCUUUUAGAUGCCUGCUCUUUAUUGAUAUCACCAAAUAUGAGGGUUUCAUGUCUUUUGCUUGGAUUGCUGUCCUUAGCAGUUUUAUCUAUUGGUUUAAAAGAAAGAAAGUUAAAAAGUAAGAAAGAUUCAAAACCCACAAAGAAAUUGAUGAAGAGGAGGACAUUUAAAAUUGACUUUGAGAGGAAUAGAUUUCUUAAAGAUGGCAAACCCUUCCUGCUGAUCUCUGGCGAAAUGCAUUAUUUUCGCACUCCAAAGUUUUACUGGCUGGACAGGUUUUUGAAAAUGAAACAUGCAGGAUUAAAUGCUGUGGCAACGUAAGGUGAAAUUUUGCUUCCUUAACCUAUAAAUCUACAGGUUCUCCCCUCCCUGGUAAUUUUUUAGGUUAUUCCUUUUCUAGGGUUACAGAGAGAGGUGACAGAUUGGGAGGGAAGGGUCAGGUGGUUUUAUCCUUCAGGAAGCUCUCUUACAAUUGAGAUCAGCAUAAAAAAUCUCCCUAUUUUAUCACUGCUUUAUUAAACAAAUGGGUGAUGAGAAUUAGGAUAAGAUCACAUAAGAAUCUGGUUGAUCCUUUAACAACUUCUCCCAACUACCUCCAUAGGAAAUGCAUAGGGACAAAUGAGAAUUUGAAUUUUGAUAUAAGGGUUUAAAAGUUAAGGAACAAUGAUACACGGAAGGUCAUGCACGAGCAGUAAGAAAAAUUAAAAGCAAGAGAAAAUACAUUUAAGGAGAAUCAAUCAAAAUACAGUAUAAUCUACACAAGUAAUUGGGAUUUUAUGCUUUCUGUAAAAUAGUAUUUGAGAAAAAUAUAUAUAUUUUGGCUGAUUUGAUAGUUAUUAAUUGUUGAAGGUAUGUUGCCUGGAACAUGCAUGAAGCAAAGGAAGGACAGUAUGACUUUAGUGGUGAUAAUGACUUGAUUGCUUUUAUCCAGAUGGCAAAUUCUGCAGGAUUAUUGGUGUUAGUUAGAGCAGGUGACUGGACUAAAAAAAAGAAUUGGAUCAUUAUACGUUUCUGGGAAACUGCCCAUGUACCCCUCCCCUGAGCCAACAUUUUCCCAAAGUGAGAAGUAAGUGUUAAUGUUGGUGUAGGGGAGGGGGGAAGCUAAGGUGGGCAGUUUCCCAGAUUUAUAGUGAUCCGAAUCGGAUCAAUAAUAUUUUGUGGCUACAAUAAUUUUAAAAUAAUUGUAGUGUAGUACAUGUAUAUUUUAUAGUUAAGAUGAAUGCAUCUUUAUUUUAGCUCCAAAGCAAAGUGAUUACAGUUUCAGAUAAAAAAGCAAUAUUUUUAAUGUAAAUAAGAGUUAUUUAAAACUAGUUGUUCUGACAUGUGUUAUUUCCCAAUCUUUCUGCACACUUUGUUUGUUUUCAUGAGUUACACGGUUUCAUAAAGAAACUUACUUAAUGACAAUGACAAUUACCGGUAUGUGCACAGGUGAAGUUAUUAAGCCUAUGACUCAAUGAGGAAAUGUCAACUUGCUAAGUAGAACCAGUUCUCAAAAUCUUUCCUAUUUUCAGUGGCAUCAGCUGCCUCAAAAAUCUGUUUCAUGAAUUUCUCAAACUAAGAAGGUUUUUUGGAACCCAAAACUUUUGGAAGGGUGUUAGCUUAUGGCUCA